GCGUUUUGGAUUCGUAGUUUUGAUUAAAGCGUAUACAAAUACAUUUUUCUUUGUUUACUUCACCGGUUCGGGCUCCAAAGCUUUGUGUUUUGGACUAUAGCAGACACUCGGUUGGCGGAUAUAGUAACGGUGGUUGGUUGGCUGUAUUCUUCCGCGGUCCCGUUCUCCUCAGACUGUUUUGGUCUUGCUCGCCUGUGGCAACUGCGGAGACUUUAGCUCCUCUGGAAUAGCAUUUACUUAUCCCGGCACCGGCUCUGCGCCAAGCGUCCGGCUUUACUUCUGUGGUAGGCCCGGUGGUGAUUUCUCGGCGUUUUGUUUUAAACUAGAACUUUUUUACUUGGUUAUUUUUUUAAUUGAGAAAGAAAAGCGCGUUCCUGUUUUAUUUGGUUCGUCAGCGGUGGAGAUUUCCAGUUGUUUAUGGGACCGUCAUGUCAAUGAAGCAGGCCGGCAAUAACCGAAAGCCCGGCGGGGGCAGCGUCCCGGCGGCUGGAGGAAGACAGAACAUGGGCAGAGGACGCAGCAGUGGAAAAGGCCCCCCACAAUCUAUUUCGUUUGAUGGUAUCUAUGCAAACAUGAGAAUGGUCCAUAUUCUCACCUCAGUUGUUGGCUCAAAGUGCGAAGUUCAUGUGAAAAAUGGCAAUGUAUACGAAGGAGUUUUUAAAACCUAUAGUCCUAAGUGCGAUUUAGUGCUUGAUGCAGCUCAUAAGAAAAUAACCGAUUCUGUGGGGCCAAAACGUGAAGACAUUGUGGAUAGUAUAUUGUUCAAGUCUUCCGAUUUUGUUAUGGUGCAGUUUAAAGAUAUGGAUGUAAAUUAUGCAAGAAGAGAUGGCUUCACUGAUUCUGGCAUAACAUCUAAGCUGAAUGGUGAACACAAGGAAAAAGAUCUAGAGCCUUGGGAUGGAGGCGAAAGCCUUGUGAGUAGCAGCGUGCCUGCUGCUAGUGACGAACUGGAGUGUCUAGACAAUGAUGUAUCUAAUGGUUGGGACCCCAACGAAAUGUUCCGUUACAAUGAAGAAAAUUAUGGUGUGGUGUCCACCUAUGACAGUAGCCUCUCUUCCUAUACAGUACCAUUGGAGAAAGAUAAUUCUGAGGAAUAUUUAAAGAGGGAAGCAAGAGCAGCACAGAUAGCUGAGGAGAUUGAGUCAAGCUCCCAGUACAAAGCCCGUGUUGCCUUGGAAAAUGAUGAACGAUCAGAAGAGGAAAAGUACACCGCUGUUCAACGCAACAGUGAUAGAGAAGGGCACCCUGUAACUAACCGAGAGAACAAAUACAUUCCCCCUGGACAGAGAAAUAAAGAUACAAUGUCAUGGAGUAGCCAUGGUGGGAGACAGAAUUCCCCAAGAAUGGGUCAGUCUGGAUCUGGACCACUGCCAUCAAGAACUAGUUCCCAUUCUUCGGACUUCAGUCCUAGUUCUGGAACUGACCAAAGAGUUGUCAAUGGAGGUGUUUCCUGGCCAUCGCCUUGUCCAUCUCCUUCCUCCCGCCCACCUUCUCGCUACCAGUCAGGUCCCAACUCUCUUCCACCUCGGGCAGCCACCCCUACAAGGCCGCCCUCCAGGCCCCCUUCGAGGCCAUCCAGACCCCCGUCUCACCCCUCUGCUCAUGGUUCUCCAGCUCCUGUCUCUACUAUGCCUAAACGCAUGUCUUCAGAAGGACCUCCAAGGAUGUCUCCGAAGGCUCAGCGACAUCCUCGCACCCACAGGGUUGCAAAUGGUAGAAGUACCAUGUGUGGAGGUCUAGAGUUUGUCUCCCGCAAUGAAUCAGGAGAAGUUUCUGUCCCACCUGUUGCCCGAAACAGUUCUGGUGGAACUUGGUCAUCGGUAGUUAUUGGGGUUCAACGACUCUCUCCCAAGACCCACAGGCCUAGAUCCCCCAGACAGGGUGCCAUGGGAGGUGGUGUCUCAGGCCCUACCCUGAGCUCUCCCCAGUCUGGUACUCUUCCCCCAGAAUCUGUUACCAUGCCACCUCCUGCUGCUUCGCCUACACCUGCCAGCCCUGCUUCGAACAGAGCAGUUACUCCAUCUUGUGAAGCAAAGGAUUCAAGGUUGCAAGACCAGAGACAAAAUUCACCUGCUGGUGGUAGAGAAAGCAUGAAACAAAGUGAAUCUUCUAGCUUUAACAAACCUGAAAACAAAGUAGUGUCUCCCAUGGCGUCAGAACAAAGGAAACAACUAGAUGACUUAAAGAAGUUUAAAAAUGACUUUAGGUUACAACCUAGCUCAAGCCCUGAUUCUAUGGAUCAGCUUCUCUGCAAAAGCCGAGACGGGGGAGAGAAGCCUAGAGAACUUAUGAAGGAGAAAGAUUCAUCUGCAAAGGAAUCUGCCAGUGAAAGUGGCAGCAAUGCACCGACAAGCAAUAGCAGCAGCAAACCUAGUAGUCCUAGCAUCUCACCCUCCAUUAGCAGCAGCAGCUCAGAAUACAAAAGAGGUCCAGAAGUAACUUCACAAGGUGUGCAAACCUCUGGCCCGGGCAAACAAGACCGUGAUGACAAGGAAGACAAAAAGGAAAACGCUACAGAACAAGUGAAAAAAUCAACACUAAACCCCAACGCAAAGGAGUUCAAUCCACGAUCAUAUGCGCAGCCUAAGCCUUCCACAACCCCAACAUCUCCUCGACCACAGGCACAGCCUAGUCCAUCUAUGGUUGGUCAUCAGCAGCCGACUCCUGUAUACACACAACCGGUUUGUUUUGCACCAAACAUGAUGUAUCCAGUUCCUGUGAGCCCUGGAGUUCAGCCCCUGUAUUCUAUUCCAAUGACUACGAUGCCGGUGAAUCAGGCUAAAACUUACAGAGCAGGUAAAGUAUCUAAUAUGCCACAACAACGACAAGAUCAGCAUCACCAAAACACAAUGAUGCAUCCCGUGUCUGCUGCAGGUCCCCCGAUUGUUGCGACUUCACCUGCGUACUCUGCACAAUACGUAACUUACAGCCCGCAGCAGUUCCCUAAUCAGCCUCUCAUGCAACAUGUGCAGCAUUAUCAGUCUCAGCAUCCACAUAUGUAUGGCCAGGUUAUACCAGGGAGUACUAGGGUGAUGGCACCACCAGCACAUGCACAGGCUGGCUUAGUAUCAUCGUCUGGAACCCAAUAUGGUGCUCCCGAGCAAACACACACCAUGUACGCAUGUCCCAAAAUGCCAAACAACAAGGAGACAACCCCUUCUUUCUACUUUACCAUUUCAACCAACUCGCUAGCACAGCAGUAUGCCCACCCAAACGCGGCUCUUCACCCCCAUCCUCAGCAUCCACAGCCUUCUGCCACACCUACUGGCCAGCAACAGAACCAACAUGGAGGUAGUCACGCAGCCCCAAGCCCAGUACAGCACCAUCAACAUCAGGCAGCCCAGGCUCUCCACCUAGCUAACCAGCAGCAGCAGUCUGCCAUAUACCAUGCUGGCCUGGCUCCUACUCCACCAUCAAUGACCCCUGGCUCCAAUGCACAGUCUCCACAAAGUAGCUUUCCCACUCAACAGACGGUAUUCACGAUCCACCCCUCGCACGUCCAGCCUGCCUACACCAACCCACCGCACAUGGCUCACGUGCAACAGGCUCAUGUACAGUCUGGGAUGGUUCCUUCUCACCCUAUGAUGCUGAUGACCGCUCAGCCACCAGGGGGCCCCCAAGCUGCUCUUGCUCAAAGUGGUUUACAACCCAUUCCUGUCUCUACAACUGCACAUUUUCCCUACAUGACACAUCCUCCAGUGCAAGCACAUCACCAACAGCAGCUGUGAAUUUGGAGUAGUACCGGAAAGGCUGGCACCAUUUUACAGGCCAAAAUCCCUCCACUGGAAGCCCGAAAUCUAGAAUCUCCUUUUUUGUUUAAAAAAAAAAAAACUUUAUUUCUGAUAACAUCCAAUAGGAAUGCUAACUGAUCAUCUUGCAGUGGGAAAGAUUUGGACUGAGUAGAGGCAUGUAGGAACAUGCAGGAUGUCUGACAAACUGCACCAGUCCUCCAAAAGCCCUGCCUUUGCUUGCUGAUAACUGGAAGUUAUUUAUUUUGAAAGGCCCUUCUAAGUUAUGAACUCAUCAGCUAGCGAAGGAAGUAACACAAUUGAUUCUUGCUGCUAUCUCCACAUUAAAGACAAAAAAUCAAGACUCUAAAAUCCCUUAUCUUCUAACUAAACUUGAAACCGAUUCAGUAAAGAUUCUGAUCAUCAAACUGAUGGAUUAUUAUUUAUGAGUCAGGUUUGAUGAUGCAGCCGCUGCCUCAAGACAGUGGUGUAACUUUUAAGUUAAGUAAAAAAAAAACAACUUUUACUUUGUAGAUAAUAUAAAAUAAAACCUAAAAAAAAAUAAAAAAAUAAAAAAGUUUUAAAAACUGA